AGCACCACAGAGUUGGUCGGACGGUCGCCGAGUUCCUGCGGAAGCCAAAGAAGGAAGAAAAGCUACCAGCAAAAAAAAACCCUGUGUUUUGUGAGCAGUGAUUUGUUCGGAGCACUCUGAACGCGUUUCCCCGCCAUACACGCACCCACUCACGAACAUCGCAACGUGACAGUAUUUCUCGAUUGCCGCUUAAAAACAAACAAAUUAUGUGGCUGCGGUGCGGUCGGCUGCUUCGUGGGCGCAGUGAGCGUGGCUUGUACUUCCCCAUCAACCACCGCAUCGUGGAUCAGCGGAGCACCCCGCAGGCAGGCACGGAGGAGGCGGACAUCCAGUCGCGGUACCGGCGGCAGCUCCGCACCAACUUCACCACCGGCGCAACUCGUCAAACGCAGGCCCCGGCGUGGAGUCAACGGGUGCGGCCGACGCACUUCCUCUCCCUUCCGCUGCCGGCGCGGUGCACGUUGCGGGUGCGUGUAAAGGAGAUGCACGACGCGAUGAUCUUUGCGGAUCAGCACGUCGAGUCUCUGCUCAUCCCGGUCGCGAGGCUGCAUGUGACGUUGGGGGUGAUGACGGUGGGCAACGGCGUGGAUGCAGCGGCGGAGAGUCAAGAGGACGCAACGGAGGCAGCUGUGGCGAGCAGCGUCAAGUCGUCUGCGGAUUUGCUGGCAUCCAUUCACGACUGCGUGGGCCAGGCGGCGCACGAGAUCUGCAAGGAGCCGCUGCAGCUGCGUUUCCGCGGCCUUGGCACCUUCAGCCACGGACGGGUCCUCUUUGCGCGGUGCAUCACAGAGGCGCACUUCUCCACUUUAGAUCAUCUGGUGCGACGAAUUCGGAAAGAUGUGGGCCUUGGUCUGGGCGUGGAUAUGAAGGGCAACCCGCACGACUCGUACGUGCCUCACGUCACGGUGGCGAAGAUCCGACCGUCUCAACAGGCUGAGUUUGGCCAUCAAAUUCCGAUGACGAUGUGGGCGAGUCAUCAGCACGACGAAUUCGGCGAUGUCACGUUCGACAAGGUUGACUUGUGCGCCAUGAAAGGGCAGGGAAAGGAUGGAUACUAUCCUGUAGUGUCCUCCGUUAGCGUUUGA